GUGUCAUUCCCGAGUAAUUUCAGUGUUUCCCGCCAUUUCUAACGUGGGACGGCGCAGUUCUUCGAUCUUCGGUCACUAUCGCCCGCGAAUGUAUCCCGACAUCUCAAACCCUCACCCUGCAUCAGCUGCAAUUCUCAAUCGGAUCCCAAGUCUGUCUAUUCUCGAAUCCUCUUUGUGUUUGAACCGUCGUCCCGGUAAUCCGUCCUAGGGCUUCAAUGCCUAAACACUCUCCAUUUUGCUCCAAAACCCUAAUCUUCUCCUAUACAAGGUUUUCCACUCGCCAUUGAAGAAGAUGUCCGCGCUGAACUGGAGACAUCACACCCUUAUUCAAUCUUCCCUUUCUCGGGGCCCGCUCAAGGAGCAGGACUUCCACAGAAUCUUCGAAGGACUCACCGGAAAAAGCCCAGGUACUCAUCAACAGCUAUUCAGUGAUUAUCUUUUUAAGAUAAACAAGGAGCUUGCCUAUCUUCAGUUUGAGUUGCGGGGUUGCAGAAACCAGUAUGAUGGAAAAAUUUAUUAUGGUGUGGUCAAUAAUGUUGCUGAUGAACAGUCCAAGCUUGGAACAAAAUAUACAGUUCCUCAGAUAACCUUCUACAGGAGCGUUAUAGAAGCCAUUGCACAUGAUGUCACGGCUCAGGGUAGCAUAUCCAGUAUUGAUGCUCUUAAUAUACGAUUAGAAAAUCAGGUUCUGUCCGGGAUGUCGUCACAAUCUCAGGGUGGCCCAGUUGAUGUUCCUCCAGCAUUAAAAAAUUUUUCAGUAUCUCAGAAAGAAAAAACUCUUGAUGAACUUGUGCGAGACUGUUGGCUUUGCUCCACUCCUGAUGGUAACAUUGGACUUGGUGUCAGAUCCUUCCUUGAUCUGCGAAGUUGGUUUCAUAAUAAUGAUGUUCCUUCAUGUGACGUUUGCAAUGAGGCUGGAGUGAAGGCAGAGUUGUGCCAAAAUGAAGGCUGUAUGGUACGGAUCCAUCAAUACUGUCUCAAGAAGAAAUUUUCUAGAAGGGGUGACAGAGUGUGCCCGGGUUGUGGCACUCAAUGGAAUUAUCCUGUAUCCAAAGCAGAAGCCUUAGAGGAGGAUGAUCAAAACGAGCCAACUCAGAGCCAGCUCCUGCCAAGACUCGCCAGGAAAAAGAAGCUUAGAACCUGCAAAACUGAGAAUGUGGCAGCUGGGGUAUCUGGUUCCUCUCAGACUUCUGUACCUCUCGCUGAGUCGAGUAGAACAACUCGAAGUUCUGCCCGCUUAAGAUAGAUCAUAGAUGUAUUAUCAUAUGCAGUGUGCUAUGUAUUUUGCUUCCAUCUUCCAUUCUUAUGGUAUAUCAGGGAGGAACCCUUAUAUGGUCCCAUAAUGGAAUGCUGUACAAUACGGUUAGCACUUUUUGGCUGCUCUAUGGUAAUCAAAUUUGCCAGUAUAGUAUUGUAGUGAAUAUAUUCUUGUGCUAUAAUUCCUAAUUAUUUUUAGGAAUAACAAUAAUUGUUAUUAUAUUAUUAUUUGAGUGAGAUAA